AUAUGAAGUUGGAAAUUUUUGCGAUUACGUACAUACAUACAUAUUUAUAGCGUAAAGAGUGUGAGAUGAUGUAAAAUGUUUAGCUGUAAAGCUGUAGCCCGAUAGGACGGUAUCUCAUAUGGAGACGGGGUUACAGAGGUGUUUGUCAGAAUAUAUGGAUAUACAUACAUAUGUAUAGCAUUUGCGGUUUUUAAAACGCAAUUUUUGAUCACUUCACUUAAAUGCUGGCAAAUUCCAAUUGUUUACAACACAUUCAUACACAUCUAUAUCCCUAUAACGGUUCAUCAAGUUGGGGGAAUGGCGCUGAGGUACAAAAUGGUUGUGCUUAAAAAACAGGAAUUCGUUUCGCGCCGAAAAUAAUGUGUAAAGAGUGAAACAGGAAAGCAUUUGUUGAGGCUACUGCUAUGAUUAUAUCGGUCAAAGUAAUUUUACAAAGUCCAUUGGGGCUGUUAAGAUGACGUUCGCCAUGAAUAAAGGAGCGAAUGGGAGUGCUGCUACUCUCAGUCAUGCAGGAUAGCAUUUUAAUUGUCGUGCACGUGCAUUGAAUGCUCCGUUUUUCAAUGCGAACCCAGAGCAUAACAGGAGAGUCCAUUCUUUGCAAUGUUUUCGUGUCUGUACCGAUAUAGAAUACUCUUGGUAUUGUGCUUUCGUGUCGAGUGAAAGUGCAUCGUAACAACGUGUCAUAGAGAGCAUGUGCUGCGCGACGUGGUCAUUCAUUCAUACCUAUGUACUUAUGUAUAUGUUCGCUUAUAUGCAUUUACAUAUAGUUUAACUCUAAAACUAGGAAACUCGGUCGCGCAACAUAGUUGCGCUCAUCACCAUGUACCAACCACUGCUACAUAUACGACGCCUGUAAAAUUGAGUAAUGUUGGGGCUUGUACACAUUUUAUACAUAGCAAGGGAACUGGUUAGCUCGACUACGUAACCGGAAAUGGGAGUUGAAAGCCAAAAAAAAAAAAAAACAAAAAACUAUUGCGUUUAUGUGCUUGUAUUUUGCAAGUGCAAUAAAACUGCUCGUCUCUGUUUUUCGCCUGAUGGUUGUUGACAUAUCGUGUGCGCUAUGUUUUGUAAAAUCGAUGACAUUGAGUGCAACAUUGUAGAGCGCCAGCUGCUCCCGAAUGGUUACUGCUGUGUUGCAGUAUCUAUUUGGCGUUGUUAUUAUACUUAAAUUUACAAAAGCAAUGUAACCAAAGUUCCAGCAACAUUUUUUCAUGUAAUUUUUGACUUUGUGCAGAUUUGGUUGUAAGGGCAAUGAACGCGCUGUGUUUUCCAAUAAACCUGGUCAACGAAUUAAAUAAAAAAAAAUAUAUACACACAUAUGUAUGUACGUAUAGAGUCUGAAAAUUUCUUCAAUGCAAUCUAAGUGUACUGACAAUGUUGUGAUUUUUUUUUUUUUUAUCAGUACCGCUUUUACCGUUACUGUCAAAUUACUUUGGUGUGAAAUCCUGCAUGGUAUUGUAAUAACCAGCUAGGAGUGUGGUGUGGUAUACAUAAUAUAUAUGUUGCAGACACCCUUAGCCGUCGUCGUGACAAAUCUUCUAUGCACAAAGGCGUCGAACAGUCGGUAUUUGGGACAGUAAAUGUAAAGUUACUUUGUUGUGCAGGAGCAUUGUAAGCAGUUUGUUGAAAGGUUAUUGCAGGGAAUUAAAGAAAAAAUUGCUACUUGCAAAUAUGAAAAUUGAUAGCCAAUAGAGGCAGUGUUUCUACUUUAUGUAAACAACCUCAGGUUUCUUAAACACGGGUUUUCAAACAAUUUUCAGCAUCCUCAUAUACAAAACGUAACAAGGUUUUAUAGCAAAGUAUUGCUUUUUGUAUGAGUAGGCAAAUUUGCAUUUUCUAUCUACAUACAUACGUACUUAUAAAUCCACACAGUUCUCCAACUAUACAUACUACAAACAUAUAUAAAUUACGUCGAUAUAACUUUGGCUGUUGAACUAUUAGGCUAGAUACAACAAAUGGAUGGAGCAUUUUAAAUAACAAAUAACAAAGUUUGCUUUAAAUACAUGUAAUCGUUAAACUUUGAUUGACGAAAAGUAUACCCGACACGCUUGAUAAAAAAUAUAUAUGUAUAUGUAUACAAAACUUAAUCUUAAAGAAAGGCAAAGGUCAGCAAGCGUCGUAUAACAAACAAUAGCAAUACCAAACAAAAACGGGGGAAUAUAUGCGGACAUUCCUUAAGACGGGUGUGGUGUGCUCAAGCACAUGCCGUUAUUAACAAUUCUCUACACGCACAUACACACAUACACCUGUGUAAAUAUUUAGUUACGUAGGAAAAUUGAGUAUUCAGUCGCUGUAGCGGAACUACAAACUGCAUAAAAAAAUAAAAGAACAAAAUGCAAUAAAUAUGUAAUAGUAAAUAAGAAAAAUCCAUGCAGUAUAUGAGGUAGCAACAUACAUAUAUCUGUACAUUACAUAGGUACAUGAGCAAAUAGGAUAUUUUUUGUAGCUCUCUGGCCAACAAGAAACAGCUGAUCAGCGCAUAGAAGUGUUAUUGGAUGAAAAAUAAUAAUAAACAACACCGGCACAUUUAAAUGUGUAUAUGUAAAACCGUUAUAUGCAAGAGUUUUCAGGGCACUUGCCAUUAUACAUACAUUUAGAUAUAAAAUUGUGCAGGGAAAAAGGAGUAAAAAACGCAAAAACAUAAUGUCUACCUACGAGCGCAGCGCUUGUAAUUAUAGCUAUAGCAACAACAGCGAAAAGUUGCGCAGCAACGGCACCAACAGCAGCAGUAGUAGUAGUACUAGCAAUGGAUCGAUCUGCGCAAAUGCAGAAACGCGUACCGGCAGCAAUGCAAGUAAUAACAGUUAUGCUAACAACAGCAGCAGCAGCAGUAGUAGUAGUUGUGGUAGUAGUAGCAGCAGCAGCAGCACAAAUAUAUUGCAAUUCCUCGCCAUCGUAGUCGCCUGUGUCGUCUGCUAUUGGAAUAGUGCGCAAUGUGAGUUGGUCUUCGAUGAUAUCAGCGCUGUGCGCGAUAAUAAGGAUUUACGCCCUUACACGCCGCUUCGUAACAUUUUUCUCAACGAUUUCUGGGGUACGCCAAUGCGCAAAGAGCAAUCACAUAAAUCCUAUCGCCCGUUAACAGUGCUCACCUUCCGCUUCAACUAUUGGCUACACGAACUCCAACCAUACGGUUAUCAUAUAGUAAAUGUACUACUGCAUAUUGUUGUAUGUUUGUUGUGGCGUCGUGCGAGCAGACUAUUACUACAGCAAUGCGCCGGCGUUGAGGGAGCAACGAAUAGGGGCCAACAACAUUGUAAUAACAUUUCACGUAAUAGUAUAAACACUUGUAGCUUCUUCGCGGCACUACUAUUUGCCGUACAUCCCAUACACACCGAGGCUGUUACAGGUGUUGUCGGUCGCGCUGAGCUACUCUCUUCGAUAUUCUAUUUGUGUGCAUUUCUCUCGUAUGCAAAUGCUGCCACUGUGACACCGCCGCCUGCACAGCGACAACGUCAAGUGCAAUUGCAGCAACGACAGCAACAGCUGCAUCAGCAGCAGCAGCCACGAACGCGUUGGAUAUUGCUUUUCGUCAGUUUUGGCGCUUGUCUAUUAGCAUCGAUGCUGUGCAAGGAGCAAGGCAUCACUAUAGCGGGUAUUUGUGCGGCAUAUGAAUUGUUUGUGGUGCAGCAAGUGCGUCCGCGGGAGUUGUGGAUGUGUGUGCAACGUUUAUUUGAGGAUAGUACGCGAAGUUUAACACCACAACAUGUAGCUAAAAGUAAUGCCAUCACCACCACCACCAAUGGCACGGCAGUUAAAGCGACGUCAUCAUCGGCCGGCUCGGUGUAUCGUGUUGGCGGUAUUUGGAAUGCCAGCUUGUUGCGUCGCUUGUGCUUUCUCAUUUCCAUUACGCUUGCCCUGCUGGUGGGUCGUGUGUAUGUGAUGGGUUCGCAAUUGCCAGUUUUUACACGUUUCGAUAAUCCCGCCUCCGCAGCGGCCACACCAACGCGGCAGCUCACAUUUAGCUAUUUGAUUUAUUUGAACUUGUGGUUGAUGUUGUUUCCCUGUGAUUUGUGCUGUGAUUGGACAAUGGGCACCAUACCUUUAAUCGAUGGGUUUGCCGAUUUGCGCAAUUUAGCUACUCUGGCAGCAUUCAUCUCGCUGGCAGCUAUCAUAUGGUACGCUUGCACAACUCGAAAUUUAACGCGCUCGCGCGUGCUUUUAAUGGGCCUUGCCUGGCUAGCAUUACCCUUCGUGCCCGCCUCGAAUCUCUUCUUUCCCGUUGGUUUUGUUGUGGCCGAGCGCAUUCUCUACAUGCCUUCCAUGGGCUAUUGCCUGCUUAUUGCAUACGGGUAUAUGCAAUUGGAGGAGCAUUUACGUGAGAAGGUCAUGAUGCGUCGCCUAUUGCAAACAACACUCGCACUCCUGCUGCUUACGCAUGCACUGAAGACAUAUCGACGCAAUGAGGAUUGGCGUACCGAGUAUACGCUGUUCAUGUCCGGCGUACAUGUGAAUGCGCGCAAUGCGAAACUCUUCAAUAAUGUGGGACACGCGCUGGAGAAUGACCAACGCUAUGCCGAGGCCUUGCUCUAUUUCCAACAAGCCGUACGUAUACAACCCGACGAUAUUGGUGCGCAUAUAAAUGUUGGACGCACCUAUAAUAAUAUGCAGCAAUACGAACAAGCCGAGUUGGCGUAUCAAAAGGCGAAAUCGCUCUUUCCGCAAGUUAAGCCGGGUGAGAGCUAUCAGGCGCGCAUUGCACCCAAUCAUUUGAAUGUCUUCAUAAAUUUAGCGCAAUUAAUUGCACGCAAUCGCACGCGCUUGGAAGAGGCUGACCUGUUGUAUAGACAAGCGAUAAGCAUGCGCGCCGACUAUGUACAAGCGUACAUAAAUCGCGGUGAUAUAUUGAUGAAAUUAAAUCGCACUGCUCAAGCGCAAGAAGUGUACGAGAAGGCGUUACUAUACGAUAGUGAGAAUGCCGAUAUAUAUUAUAAUUUGGGUGUGGUUUUUUUGGAGCAGGGUAAAAGUGCGCAGGCGCACGUCUACUUUAACAAAGCCAUCGAAUUGUAUCCGGAACACGAACAGGCGCUACUCAAUUCCGCCAUACUUUUGCAGGAGCGUGGCGGCGCUGAAGCACGGCAGCUAUCGCGUGCACGUCUCUUCAAAGUGUUGGAUAAGGAUGCGAACAACGAGAAGGUCUACUUCAAUUUGGGCAUGCUGGCCAUGGACGAAAUGAAUUUCGAUGAAGCAGAGCAAUUUUUUAAACGCGCUAUACAUCUGCGUGCCGACUUUCGUAGUGCGCUCUUCAAUUUAGCACUACUAUUGGCCGAUGCCAAUCGACCGUUGGACGCAGUGCCGUACCUGAAUCAGCUGAUACGUCAUCAUCCCGAGCAUAUAAAAGGUUUAAUCCUACUUGGAGAUAUUUAUAUAAAUCACAUGAAGGAUUUAGAUGCGGCUGAACAAUGUUAUCACAAUAUACUACGCUAUGAACCGAACAAUAUACAGGGUUUGCAUAAUUUGUGUGUGGUAUUUGUGGAGCGUAAACGUUUGGCACGUGCUGCGGCAUGUCUGCGUUAUGCACAGCAUUUAGCGCCGCAUGAGGAUUACAUAUUACGUCAUUGGCAAAUUGUACAGCAACGCUUACAGAAGAUAAACAAGUUACCUGAAACAGCGCCGGAACGGCAAAUGGCCUAUGCUGAUUAUCAGCCGGACGAGUUUGAGUUUAAGGUGUUGCCGCCUGGGGGGAAAGUGGAACAAAGAAAGAUUCUACAACAGCAGCAGCAAUAUGAAAAUAAAAAACAACAACAACAACAGCAACAACAUCGGUAGAAGGCAACUCUACUGUACAUACAUACGAGUACAUAUGCUCGCAAGCAUAUAAUGCAGAGUGAGUUGGCAUAAAUACAUAUACCUACAUAUACACAUAUAUCUGUAUAAAUUAAUAAAAAUUGUGAAAAGUGUAAGUUUAGCUAUUAAGAAAUGUUUAGUAUCAUAGUUGUAAGUUAAUGCAGGCAAAAUGUAUGUACUUAACGUUAUGUACAUAUGUAUAUAGGCUUAUUUUUCUUAAGUGUAUGCCUUGCUUCAGUUUAAAAAACUUGUGUAAUGAUCUACUUUAUUGAGAUUU